AGUCUUUUUUUCUCUGCGUGAAAUUUUUUUUCUUUACUGUUUAGAAAGGAUGGCAUCCACUGACAAAACUUGUAUUUCGGAAGGCUGUGACAAGCCUGCUACUCUUCAAUGUCCCACUUGUAUUAAACUCAAGAUUGGCGGUUCAUUCUUUUGCUCUCAAGAUUGCUUCAAGAAAAACUGGGGUCAACAUAAACUAGUUCAUAAAGCCAAGAUUGAAAGCGAACCUCAUGAUCCUUUUCCUAAUUAUCGUUAUACGGGUGAACUUCGUGCUGUCUAUCCUCUCUCUCCUCGACGUGAAGUCCCUGAGGGUAUUAUGCGCCCCGACUAUGCUGAAACCAGUAUUCCUAUUUCUGAACAAAAUGUUCGCUCUAGUUCAACUAUCAAGAUCUUGAAUGCCGAAGAAAUUGAGGGCAUGCGUAAAGUGUGCAAGAUUUGUCGCGAAGUGCUUGAUGCUGGUGCUGCAGCCAUUCGUCCUGGAAUCACCCCAGAUGAAAUUGAUGAAAUCAUCCACAAGGCUACCAUUGAACGUGGCGCUUAUCCUUCUCCUUUAAAUUAUUACAAAUUCCCCAAGUCCGUUUGCAUAUCUGUUAAUGAAGUUAUUUGUCAUGGUAUUCCUGACAAACGUCCUUUGAAAGAUGGUGAUAUUGUUAAUCUCGAUAUUAGUUGUUAUUACAAUGGUUUCCAUGGUGACAUGAAUGCAACUUACUGUGUUGGCAAUGUGGAUGCCAAGGGUAAACAGUUGAUCAACACUGCUAGAGAAUGUCUAGAGAAAGCUAUUGCUAUGGUUAAACCUGGUGUCAGAUAUCGUGAUUUCGGUAAAGUCAUUGAAGAUCAUGCUAAAAAGAAUGGUUUUUCUGUCAAUCGUACCUUUAGUGGACAUGGUAUCAACCAACUUUUCCAUUGUGCACCAAAUGUGCCUCAUUACAGCAACAAUAAGGCCAUUGGUAUAAUAAAGCCAGGCCAUUGUUUUACUAUUGAACCCAUGAUUUGUGAAGGUGGUUGGAGAGAUGAAAUCUGGCCUGAUAACUGGACUGCUGUUACCUCCGACGGAAAGCGUUCUGCUCAAUUUGAACAUACUUUACUUGUUACUGAAAAUGGCUGCGAAAUCUUGACAAAAUAGACUAUAGACACACUUUGAAUCUUUAAUAAACUCAGUCAAUUUUCAUGUAUUAA